UCUCGCUGACAUGCUUAAGGGGUAUUUCAGUCUGGUGCUCAGUCAGUCCGCAGCAAGACACCAUGGAGGUCACAGCUCUCUGCUUCAGACUGUUGAUGCUUGGAUUUAUUCUGCUAAAUGGUGACACUGAGAAAAGUGAUGCAGCUUUUCUUCGUAUCACUCCAGACAGACUGCAGCACUUUAAAUAUGAGUCUGUGUCUUUUGACUGUGAAGGGCCUGGUGGCUCGACUAAAUUGAGAAUGAUCAGGAACACUGAGGAGUUUGAUCCAGCAUGUCAUAUUUCGCAGACAUCAUCAGGGUCCUUCUGCACUAUUAGAAGAGUCUAUCCAUCAGACAGUGGAGAAUACUGGUGUGAGACUGAAGGAGGAGAGAGAAGCAACAGUGUCAACAUCUCUGUCACUGCUGGUUCAGUGAUCCUGGAGAGUCCUGUUCUUCCUGUGAUGAAGGGGGAUGCUGUGACUCUGCACUGCAAAAACAAGAAGAUGUCCACCAACCCCUCAGCUGGUUUCUACAAAGAUGGCCUCCUCAUCAGGAGCAGCUCUACAGGAGAGAUGACCAUCCACAACGUCUCCAAGUCUGAUGAAGGACUCUACAAGUGUCACAUCUCUGGAGCUGGAGAAUCACCAGAGAGCUGGAUGGCUGUCAGAGCACCUCAUCAAGGUACUCUCUCAGAUGACUCCAACGUCCCUCACGUCCCCAUCCUGCUGUGGAUUGCUAUCACCAUUUUAAUAUUGGCCCUGGUGCUGGUGGUGGUGGGAUUCCUUUAUAUUAGGAAACACAGAGUUUUGCUUUUCUGUCCAUCAGUUUCCUCAAAGACACCAACAGCAGCAUCACGCGCAGUUAAGGACAAUCAAAAAUUCAAUGGAGAGGACGCUGCAGACGAUCUAGACGGUGUGACGUAUGCAGUCGUUUUCACAAAAUCGAGACAACACAAAGACGCUGCAGACGCUGCUGAUAAUUUGAGCCUCGGGUCAAACCACACCAGAAAACCACGGGCUGAAAAACAUAAGGAUGAGUCUUCAUUUCAAUCUGUUUAUUCUACUUUGACUAUAAGUCAGACUCCAAAAGCUCUCCAACAUGAAUCCACAGUGAGCAGGCAUCCCACAGCAGCCAAAGACUCCAAUUCAAACAAGGAAGAACUUCUCUAUGCACCUGUCCAGAAGGCCACAAAGACCAGAGACACCUGACUAAAUGAAGACUUCCUGCUAAUGUGCGCAACGGAAGAAGUAAAAAUUCAGUCAUCUCCUUUGAGUAUUGUUGUGGAAUUCAAUGGCUAACAAAACAAACAAACAAAAAAACAGCUUCAGCAAGCCUUUCAUGUUUCAAGAUGUUGCAUCUGUAUUUUCUUUUUACUCCGUAACAAAGCAAAUAUGAGGAACAUAUAUGCACUUAAAUAAAUGAU